AUGUGUGACAUAAAGGCUCUUCUUGUUAUUCUGAGUGUGUCUUUGACUAAUGCUCUUCCGAUUUCACCUAUCAACAACAAACUCACGCCGUUCUUUCUUCAACAAGUAAAUCUCAUCGAAUCGCCCCAUUCGCCUAGUCUCGACGGACAACUAUUAAAUCAAGCAUAUUUGGACCUGUUACCGGUCGAUCGUUUACUUUAUACUUAUUAUCAAAAUGCAAAUAUAAGUGUGGAAGGUAUUGAGCCAUUGGGUGGAUGGGAAUCACCCUACAGUGAUAUACGCGGUGUUUUCUUGGCAUUUUAUCUUCAAGCAUCAGCAAAAGCAUAUCUCGCUUACAAUGAUACACACCAGUUGGCAAAAGCUUAUUACCUAGUCGAACAAUUGUAUCGUGUACAGCAGAUUCUAAAUGAAUCGGGUUUUCUUGCUGCAUGGCCAUCGGAACAUUUGAGAAAAUUAGAGCGCUUAGAAAAAGUAUGGGCCCCAAUCUAUUGCUAUGAAAAGCUCUUGCGUGGUCUCUCUGACAUGAGCACUCUUACGGGUCUAACUUUAGCCGGUACUAUGAUGCAUGACAUGCUCGAAUAUUUAUACGCAUGGGUAGAUCAUUGCAUUAAAACAUACUCCAUCUCUCAUUGGCAGGCGAUGAUAUUUAGUACAACAGACUAUGAAUAUGGUGGUAUUAGUGAUUUUCUUUAUGAACAAUAUGGUCUUACCGGUGAUAGACGCUUUUUUUGGAUGGGUCAACAAUUUGAAGAUGGACAGUUUCUUGGAGCACUCUCGCUCAAUGCUGACUUUCUCACUGGUUUACAUGCUAACUCGCAUGUACCACCGGUAUUAGGCGGUGGUCGGCGCUAUGCAGUUACUGGCGAGCCAGAAUAUCGAGCGAUUCUUGAAAAUUUCUAUUCGAUUGUGUGGAAAAAUCAUACCUAUUCGACCGGCGGCUCGAAUGGUGGUAAUGGUUCGGUUGGAUUCUAUCAGCAAGAACAUUAUAGCGAUGCAAAUCUUUUAUCACAAACUCUUUGGAAUAAUAAUCAAGAGUUUUGUGUUCAGUACAAUAUGUUAAAGGUAAUUCGAGUACUGAUCGAAUGGACUGGUGAUGUAGAAUAUGCGAAUGCUUACGAACGAGUAUUUGUCAACAGUAUUUGGGGUACACAAGAUCCAAGUGAACCCGGUCAUAUGCUGUACAGUUAUCCAUUGGGAGCAAAUGUUAGUAAACCGACUUCUGUGGGCGGAGGGAUAGGUUUCGGUUCUCAGUUCGAUAGUUUCUGGUGUUGUUACACUACAGCCAUUGAUCAAUGGACGAAAAUGAGUGAUUCAAUCUAUUUCUUCGAUAAUCAGAGCGGAGUAGCGUCGGUCUAUGUUAAUAUGUUUGUUGCCUCAGAUCUCAAUUGGUAUGCACAAGAACAUGUAUUGAUUCGUCAGAUGACCGCUUUUCCUCGAGAAACAACAACAAUUUUUACAUUAACUACAUCAAUCGAUGCCGUUGCAUUGAAUAUAUAUCUUCGUGUACCAUCUUGGAUUGUAUCUGAUGAGUCCUGGAUUGAGAUCAAUGAUAUACGACAACAUAUCGAACUGAUACCUUCGACGUAUGUGUUACUUCCUAUUACUCAAUGGAAGACGAACGAUCGUAUUGUAUACAAUAUGGCUAUGCGACUGCAUGCUGAGCCGAUCAAUGAUAAUCCAAAUUUGGUAUCCAUUCUAUUUGGACCCAUUGUUCUUGGCGGUUUGACUGCAAACGCAAAGUCAUUGCCGCGUGAUAUGAACCUUAUUCGAAAAAUAUAUACUACAAUCCAAGAACCCAUUCAAUUCGAAGCAACAGCCCUCGAUAACUCUACUUUCCGAUUGUUACCUCUCUACGAGAUUGUCAAUCAGACAUAUACAGUUUAUUUUCCAGUCGGCUAA